ACAUAAAGCAAGAAAAAGAGAUGGUUUCCCAAUGCAAUCUAAAAUUUUAAAUUGUUGAUUGAGUUCUAGACGGCUAUGAUACUGAACUGCAGGUGCAUAUGGGCCUUAAAAUGCAACUGUUUCAUGUUGUCCAGUCAUCUUAUUUAUUUCCUUGUAAGCAAAAUGUCAGAACAUUUAGCUCCUUUAGUGCACUUAUUUCCCACACCUAGGAAUAAAAAAUUGGGACUGCUGAGUAAAAUGUUAAGUUUCAAUCCCUUGAAGGCAAAUACUUGACUCUCAGUAGAGAAAUUUAACUGAAUUAUCUCUACUUGCAGGCAAAAUGAAAGACCGGCUAGCAGAACUUCUGGACUUGUCCAAGCAAUAUGACCAGCAGUUCCCAGACGGGGACGAUGAAUUUGACUCGCCCCACGAGGACAUCGUGUUCGAGACGGACCACAUCCUGGAGUCCCUGUACCGAGACAUCCAGGACAUCCAGGAUGAAAACCAGUUGCUGGUGGCCGACGUGAAGCGCCUGGGAAAGCAGAACGCCCGCUUCCUCACGUCCAUGCGGCGCCUCAGCAGCAUCAAGCGCGACACCAACUCCAUCGCCAAGGCCAUCAAGGCCCGGGGCGAGGUCAUCCACUGCAAGCUACGUGCCAUGAAGGAGCUGAGCGAGGCCGCCGAGGCCCAGCACGGCCCGCACUCAGCGGUGGCGCGCAUCUCGCGGGCGCAGUACAACGCGCUCACCCUCACCUUCCAGCGCGCCAUGCACGACUACAACCAGGCCGAGAUGAAGCAGCGCGACAACUGCAAGAUCCGCAUCCAGCGCCAGCUGGAGAUCAUGGGGAAGGACGUCUCGGGUGACCAGAUCGAGGACAUGUUCGAGCAGGGCAAGUGGGAUAUGUUCUCCGAGAACCUGCUGGCCGAUGUAAAAGGCGCGCGGGCCGCCCUUAACGAGAUCGAGAGCCGCCACCGCGAGCUGCUGCGCCUGGAGAGCCGCAUCCGCGACGUGCACGAGCUCUUCUUGCAGAUGGCAGUGCUGGUGGAGAAGCAGGCCGACACCCUGAACGUCAUCGAGCUCAACGUACAAAAGACGGUCGACUACACCGGCCAGGCCAAGGCGCAGGUGCGGAAGGCCGUGCAGUACAAGAAAAAGAACCCCUGCCGGACCCUCUGCUGCUUCUGCUGUCCCUGCCUCAAGUAGCAGGCCGGCCAGGGCCGCCACCGCCCAUCCCAGACCAUGGAGCACGCUGGGAAGGACGCACCAUCUCUGCCCUGCAGGGAGUUGCCCCAACUCUUUCCGGAAUUCAGUCUUUAGAGAAGAAACGUGAGGUUCAAGAAUUGCAAACAAGCCCGUGCUUGGAAAGAUGGUUAGUUGAUGCCGUCCGAUGGUUCUUCAGUAAAGAUAGAUUCCUACAAAGUUGUGCAAUGUCGUUAUAUGUCACCUUGCACUCUUAGCCUCUAGACAGAAGCCAAGUAAGGAACUGACGCUGUAUCUAACUGUAGGGUGAAUGUCUGAGGCCUGCCUCCUAAUAAAGAUUCAAGGAAGGAGUCAGUUGUUCAUCUGCUAAUAGAAUGAACUCAUGAUGGAAACUUCAGUUCAUUUGCUUUGUCCUGAAAAUUCCCUGGUUCUGUUCCAUUCUGAGCGAAACUGGCCUUGGGAAAAACCACGUUCUUCCUUUCCGAUUCUUCAUCCGGUCUGUGCUAUGCGAUUCCUCCCCAAAUAUGGAUCUUAUUUCUGCUCAUUUCCACUACUUAUUAAAAUCACACCAAACACUUACUAUUUUCUUAUCUCUUUCACUUUUUAAAUAUCUUUCACCAGGUUGUAUUUUGGGAUUAUUUUUCCAAAUAUUUUUAAGCACUGAAUCGAACAAGCACUCAAAUUGAAGUAUUAGUCAUGUUUUACGUAUUUUUCACUGAUAAAAAUUAUUUAACAUUUUUAUUUUUACUUGAUUACAUAUGCACAUGUAUUUGUAAAUGUAAAAUACUAAUAUUCACUAAUGUAUGUACAUAAUGAUCAAUUGGUUUAACUUCUUUUAUGUAAGUAUGGUAUAUAAAUUUCAAGAAGAACACUUUUUUGGCUGUUGGUGUUGGUUUGCUUGUUUUGAGUUUGUUUCACUCCAGUUUGCCCCUUCAUAGUCCAGUUUGGGUCAAAACUUCAUGUUAAACAACUCUGCAUUGGUUAUGGCGGUAGACAUAUGACGGUAGAAAAUGUAUACAGAGCUAGAGACAACUAACAUUCUUGGAAAUACUGCUUUUGUUUUACUGUGGACCAUUCCUUUCAUGCAUUGAAAUGGAGAAAUUUAAAGUAAAAGAAUUCUGUUUUUCAAGCAAGCUUAAUAAACAUUACAUUAUACAUAUAUUUUU